CCGGCCGCGUUCCCCAUGGCGGCGGCGGCAGGGGCUGCCGGGGCGGGCGGCGGCGGCGCCUCGGCGGCGCUGGGCGACGGCGGCACCAUCGACUACUCGGUGCACGAGGCGUGGAACGAGGCCACCAACGUGUACCUGCUGGUGGUGCUAGCCAGCCUCGCCCUCCUCGUCUACGCGCGGCGGAACAAGAGGAGGAUCAUGCGCAUCUUCACCCUGCCCCCGGCCGCCGAGACUCCGCCCGAGCCCAACUUCUACGACAGCAUGAAGAAGAUCCGCCUGCGGCAGCAGCUGGAGAUGUACUCCAUCGCAGGAACGCCCCCGGUCCUGUGGCACACGUGAGGAGCAGGGGCUCUGCAGCAGCCGGGGCCGCAGGACUGUUGCGUGAGCAAGUACGGAGCGAGGAAGCGGCUGUGCAAUUAUCCUAAAGCAAAUGUCAAAACGAAUCCCAUGUUACACUUUGAAAGAGCUAGGAAGGUCUGGAUGUUGUGAAAACGUGGACGGAUUUGUAAAAGUUGAGAGGAGUAUGGAAUCAUGAGUAAGACAACUACAUAAAUUGAAAAUAAAUUUGAAUUUUACUGUACCAACAAGUGUUGCUGCUUCCCAUGCCCGUGAUAUUCCAGUGGUCCAGUUCAGAGAAACACAACCUUGCUUCACAUCUGCCCUACAUGCAUGCCUAGAAGAAAUACGGCCAAAAAAACCCCUUAGUGAUCUGAAACCACCUUUUAAAUGCAAAGAUGUGAUGUAAAGAUUCUUACACCAGGCCACUGCAUUCUGUAGGAACAAAAUUGGAUGUUCUUCCUACAUGGAAUGCCUGCUGGCAUUUGCUGAUGGUGUUUGUACCACUGCACACAAGUCUUUGAUCUCCCUUUGCCUUGCUAACCAGAUUAAUUUUGAAGUCAAUGUAAUUGCUAGCUUGUGGCUUGCGUAUUGUGGAGGAGAUGAGAAAUGCAGACAUCAGCCUUGUGACUAUUGAGCCAUUCAGGUCAUUGGCAAUAGAACUUCUGAAGCCAUAGCCUUUAAUUUUAUUUCUUUUUAUUUAAAUAAAAGGACCUGAAUGGAAUCAUAGUUCUCUGCCAUUGAUUCACUGACAUUUUGCUAUGACUCUACUGUUCAGCAUUUAUAAAGUCAUAGGUGAAAGGUGAAGUUCUGCAUGGUGACUGAAACUUCCCCUUGUAUGGCUGAAAUUAGGUUCCCUGAUGCUACGUCUGUUUCUUGAUUGUUGUCAUAGUUACAUGAAUAUUUAUAAACAUAUAUGUGUACAUGUAUGUAAUAAAUAAUAUAAUAAUAGUAAUAAUAAUAUAAAAUAAAUUGUACAAUCGGUGUUGA